AUGUCGUGGCGCAUUCAGAACUUGCCCGAUUCCCAGACGAAUCCCUCGGGCCCGGCGCCAGGAGGCGGAGGAGAACGAGGAGAACGAGACCGAGGCGGCAAGAAGUCAAAGUCAAAGUCCACGUCGGACGGGCGGGGUGCGAUCAAGAGGCUCAUCAAGGAGCUCGACGUGUGGCGGUCGGAGAAGAAGGAGGAGAGGGGCAUCGAGAGGUUGGGCCCCGUCGACGACGACGAUUUGUUGACGUGGGAGGCUGUUGUUAAUGGGCGGGGGAUCGGGAACGGAUAUGACGAGGGCCGCUGGCUCCUACACAUCCAGAUCCCGACAGACUAUCCCCUUCGUCCGCCGACGAUACGCUUCGCGACGCCCGUGGUGCACGCCAACAUUGCCCUGCAGACGGGCGAGAUCUGCCUCGACCUGCUCAAGGACGCCUGGACGCCGGCCUACAGCGUCCUCGAGAGCGUGCGCGCCGUGCGCACGCUGCUGGCCUACCCGGAGACGGACUCGCCGCUCAACGUCGACGUUGCGGCGCUGCUGCGCGGCGGGGACGUGCUGGGCACCCGCGCGCUCGUCGAGUUUUGGUGCCGCGAUGACGAGGGGCGUUAUGAGGGGCCGUGA